UCUGGCAGGGCGUCCAGUCCACCUCAUGUUUCCCCGGCGGUCGAUGUGGUCCUCAUCUUCCUCAUUUCGCUCGGAUUAACUCGCUUUUCUCACUCAAGACGGAUGGUUUUCCCCUCAUACCGACUGGAAAAUGGAGAGUUUAGAAAAUUUGCCAACGGAACUACAACGCAAUUUUCAUCUAAUGAGAGACCUGGACCAAAGAGCUCAGGAUGUUAUGCGGAAUAUAGACCAGAUUUCAGAUGAGUACCUGUCAGGCGUCAAGGGCCUGAGCCCGGAAAAGCGCUCGGAGCAGAUGAGCAAGAUCCAGAAGAUGUUCAACAGAGCCAAAGAAUAUAGUGACGAUAAGGUGCAGCUUGCAAUCCAGACGUAUGAGCUGGUUGACAAACACAUAAGAAGACUGGACUCCGACCUUGCGAAAUUCGAGGCAGAAAUAAAGGAGAAAGCGCUAAAUAAUAAUAAAAAAGAGGAGGAUACUAGUAGUAAAAAGAAGGGGAGAAAAAAGAAAGAAGAGAAGGGUAAGAAUAAGAGAAAAGGUGGCAACCAAUCGGACGAGGAGGAGAUGACCCCCAAGCCAGGACGGAAGAAGCAGAAGAAGAAGAUGGAGAUGGACUCAGCCAUCAAGUCUGUUCUUCCUUGCCUGUCCAUUGCGCACCCUUCAGAUGUCAUGGACAUGCCAGUCGACCCUAAUGAACCUACGUACUGCCUCUGCCACCAGGUGUCUUAUGGCGAGAUGAUUGCCUGCGACAAGAUGGAUUGCCCAAUCGAGUGGUUCCACUUCGCCUGUGUCGGACUCACCACAAAACCAAAAGGAAAAUGGUACUGUCCAAAGUGUUCAACAGAGAGAAAGAAAAAGUAGUGUUGUGGGCCAGUGACUUUUUAGGAGAGAUGUUUAAAUUAUGCUAUUUUCAAAAAUAAAUGAAAAAAAAUAAAAAAAAUAGAUGAACAAAUGAAUGAAUGAAUAAAUAAAUUAAUUAAUAAAUAGAUAUUAGGUUAGGACUGUUAUUUGUUGUGUAUAGGUCUCCUUUUUUAAGUGGGGAAUUUUUAAAUAGAUAGCAGAAGAUAUAGCGUUCAAGGGCUAGUGAUUAUAUUAAUGGUUGUCGGUAGAUUUCUAGACUUCUUACAAAAUAUGUCUAGUUUUGAAUACAAUCAUGUUACAGUAUUAUAAUUUAUAAAUACUUCCAGUCUCGCAUAUUUAUUUUUCAUGCCAUUUGAUGCUCCCUUUAUAAUUUUUUUUUUUUUUUUUUUUCCAUAAUGGCUGAUCAAAAGGUAUAUGUAAAGAAAAGUAUAUAAAAAAGUGGAAAUUAUAUUCUUAUUUUCGUGUGAUUUUCAAGGCCUUUUAAUUGUUUUAAAACCUGCGUACGGAAAAAAUGUUAAAGAAACACAAGUGUGCAUUUUCUUUCUCUUCUUCGAAUAGUUAGUCCCUAAAGGCUAGAGCUUAGUCAUAUUUUUUUAUCACUAGGGUAGGAGUAUUGGAGGACAGAAUAGCGUGCAAGAUCUAUUUUAACUGUGCCGUUGUUUUUGUACGGAUUGAAAGUGAUAUUUUAGGAUAGAGUAGUUCUCGUCUGUUCUUCUCUCUGUCGUACGAGAUUUUUGGUUUAUUUUUUAUAUUUGAAUUUUAUUUGCUUAUAAUUUUUUUUUUUUUUUUUUUUUUCAUGAUUUACUUUCUUUUCUCUUUUCUAUGUAUUUUUUAAAACUGUUAUACCAGAUACUUUAUAUAAACAUUGAAACACACAAGCAUCAGAAUGUCAUAAUGAUAGAUAGAGGAUAUGAAGUAAUAUAGAAUGAUAGGUUUGUAAUAUAUAUGUAUAU